UAGCAAAAUCAUUUUAAUGAUAUCUGAAUAGCUUGGAAGAUUAAUUUUUUACAGACAGUGAAUAAGCUUUGAAGGCCAAGCUGCGGAUGGUUUCAGGGUUCAUUUUACUUUCAGAUCUUUUCACCCGCUAUCUCACUCUGUCUAUCAUCCGUCAUGCUUGGUUGCAUGCUCUGCAGCCUCUUCGCUGAGGAGUGUGGGCUCCUCCUUCCAAAUUCCUCACUUCUUCAUGCUGUAAAGAUUAUCUGUGGGCUCAGAUGCUAUCCUGCUCAUUCCUUAGCACUACGUGGUCCUUCACGGCGAGACUUCUGUGGGUUCUUAGGCGUGCAAGCUAGUGGAAAGGUCACAGUGAGGUUGUUAAAUUGCUCAAUGAUCGUACAUAAUUUUUUUUUACCUACCUGUCAACACAUCUUUUGCUCCACCAGGGCCUUGACAGCAGCUGUUGAUCUCAAGGAUGUUUCUGGUUUGUAUUAUAGUGGAUUCACAUUUCAUUGACUUAACUUUUUAGAGUGUGGGUCAGUUUGAAAACAUCACAGUGCUUCAAAAAAAUAAAAGGCAGAAGCUACAACUUUGUGCUUGACAUUAGAAAUUUAGACAGUUUAUUGUGAACAUGAUAACAGGUAUGUGUCCAUGUGCUUUACAUUAGUAUUCACCUGUCUUUGCUUGAUGUUCUCAUUCUUCAUCAUUUCACGCGUUCGCCUCAUUGUUAUGGCAGUGGAGACAUUCCACGGCCUCCGAUGGUUGUUUUCCUCAAGAAGCUGAUCCGGCACCCCGGCGAGUGUAGCCAUGUCAUGUUUAUGUUCCCAGUCAGGUUGAGGCGAUGUUACUGGGUUUGUGGAGCUCCACCCCACUGACCUUUGACCCCUGACACCUCUCUCUCGCAGUCUCUAACCUGCAAUUCUGCUCGACUCACAUUGUUGCUAUCACAGAGCCCUGUGAUGAUAUCUUUACAUACAUUUUCUAAUCUUAAAACAACAGUUUGAACGGUGUCCUGUCAAAUCUUUAGCUGGACUAGAGUUUUCUCUAGGCUGCUGUUCCUCUAGGGGGAAUCGAGAAACACACUUGCUUUAUUGAAAUAAAGAAGCAGCCCAGCCUCGCUUUUGCCUCGCCCGUUCGGUGCGAGUGUGUGCGCUCGUGUCUGAGCACCUGUUGACAAUUUAAGCCAGCCGGCGUAGCCCUGUCCAGCUCCUCUGUCUGGUGCUGCGCCUUUUAGCUCUGUCUGUCUCAAAUAAAUCAGCAUCAGUGUUAAAAAAUCCCACUGCAAAGAUCCCGCCGAUUCCUCCAUUGACAAUUUUGCAGACAAGCCAAAAAGCAAGAAGAGUCCAUUUUGGCAGCGGCGUUAUUAUGAUAACUCACUGUUCCGUUCCUAAUAAGGAGCACAUGGUUUGCAAGUGUGUUACUGUUUAAUUCUUUUCUGCAGUCCAAAAACAAUAUAACUUAUUUAGAAAUAAACAAAAGGCAUAUCAAUAAAUUCAGCCUUUUUAACAAAUCGGGGAAUUGUUGACACUAACAACUGAAAGGCUCUGAAAAUAUUGUGGACUGAAGCACAGACAAAACACUUUCAUCACAUUCCAGAGGUUUUGUGGGAAUCGCCAGACCUUCCCCGACACCUCUGCUUCUCUAGUUUUGUUUUUCUCAUUGAGAAGUACUGUAGUCACAUCACCCCUGCUUUUUUUCUUUUCCCAAACCCAAGUCUGGGAAUUGCAGUAUUUUUUUUCCUUUUCUGCAGUGUAAGUUUUUGUUUUUGCUUUUCCUCUGUAAUUCCAUCAUCGUGACUUCAUCCACCCUGUGUGGGAAGACUUUGAGAAGCUGGUGUUGAUGUUGCAGUGACAUGCUUCGAAAACAGGCUCCUGUCACUUUAUUUUAUACGGAACCAAAUGAGAAAGUUUUGUUUUCACAGUCGCACACUAACCACAUGUGCUGUUAGAUUAACCAGAGAGGUUCGUCUGUGCAUCACGCCAGAUUGUAGCAGGUUUACUUCUUUGAGGCUUUUAGUGUUUGGCACAAAUGUGUCCUUUGAAAAGCAAAUGAAAUGUCAAAAUAAACAAUUUUUUUCGAAUACUUUUCAUUCUGAAAUAGCCAAAUAUUUCAUUGAGGAUUUUGAACUGCAGUUGACAUUAUGUCGUACAAUGAAAUUCAAAAUAGCUAAAGACCAUCCAUCACACAUUUUAAUGCAUCUAAAAGAUAACAUUUACUGUAAUAAAAUUGCGCAUACACAUCUAUGUACACGUGUUAAACUCUUUUCUUUUUUCUCAUGUUCAGCUCUGCACCGUGAAGGUCAAACAUCCGAGUGAAGUAAAAUUAAGCAAAACACUUUUGAGUGGAGAGAGACAAAAAAGCACGCAGAAUUGUAAGAUCGGAUAAAUAUUAAAUAAAGGAGUAAGGUAUGUCAUCAUGCAGAAAAUACAGUAUUAUAAGAGAAAGACACUCUGGAUGUGAUCACGGAUCAGGAGGAGGGUGGAGAAAGAAGGGCCGCGCAGGAAAGGAAGGUGGGAGUGUGUGUGUGUGUGUGGGUGGGAUACAGAGACUGGCUCACAGCAGCUUACCCAAACUUUACAUUAGCUCUGCGUUGCGACUGUCAUAUGAUGGUUUCUCUUCUGCUUGCAUUCUUCGUGGCAUUCUGCUGGCUUGAGUGAUUGCUUGGAAUGCACAUGGGGUUUUUCCUCUGGAAAAUAUUUUUGCAUUCGACUGCUGUCUUACCAAGAUUGGAGUCUUCUUCAUGGGUCCAGGUGAAUGAAUUUGGUGGAGAAAUUCACAGAUUGUUAUUGCUUUUAUUAUUAUUUUUAAAUGUACACCCUGGGAUUUGGGAUGUGAGCCGAGGUGUGGACUGGAUCAAUGCCGUGCUGAAGGGGACGUGAAGGAAAAUGCGGAUACCAUUACUAAUUUGGAUUCUGCACUCCGUGAAUAUUACAAAAGGCCUCGAUAACACAAAGAUACCACGACACAGACGUAGCUCUCCGGUCAGCAGACUCUGUCCAGCAGGUUGUGCGUCAUGCUCGGCCCUGAAUGGCUGCCUGUCCUGUAAACCUCGGCUCUUCUUCCACCUGGAGCUGGAUGGGAUGAGGCAGAGGAGCGCCUGUCUGUCCUCCUGUCCCCGGGGUCACUACGGCAAGCGCUCUCCACACAUCAGCAUCUGUGCCAGGUGCAAAGAGGACUGCGCCUUCUGUUUCAGCGAAAAUUUCUGCACUCGUUGUCACCCGGGCAACUUUCUGUUCCGUGGCAAAUGUGGAAAUAGCUGUCCAAAGGGGCUGACGGCAAACACAGCACUGCGAGAGUGCACAGAAUGCCCCGUAGGCUGUGAGGUGUGUGUGACGAGGGACGUGUGUGUGAGGUGUAGAGCAGAUCUGUACUUUCUCCACGGGCGGUGCCACCUUACCUGCCCAAGUGGAUCUGAACCUGAUGCACAACUCAUGCAGUGCAUCCCCCAAGUGCACAGUGAGGUUGGGGAGUGGACAGAGUGGGGUCCAUGUAUUCGCAAAAGGAGCAUGCGGGCCUACAGGAGGGAGGAGGAGACACGCACCCAACAAGUUCUGCAGUCCCAAAGUGUCUAUGGUGACCGCUGCCCCCGCGUGUCCGAGAUCAGGAAGUGUGUCAUCAAUAAGAGACACAGUCCAAGUGGGUCGUAAGGAUCUUGGGGAGAGUUCCCACACAUUUGUUAUUGGCUGGUUAUUAAAAUAUGGAAAUUUAUUAUGGAAAGUAAACAAAAGGGUUGCGUGGUUCUGAUGAUCUUUGAUACAAGUCCUGUAAAUUCAACACUUUUGCCUUAUCUGAACUCUCACUGAGUCAGAGACAUUUCAUAUGUAAUCAUAUGCUAAUUUGACACCACUGGUGUCCAGCUAUCGUAAACUUUCUUUUAUACACUUAUUGCCUGAUGUGACUGUGGCUAGUUGUUUUGUUCUUUUAAGAACUCAUGCACACUGUUUUCCUGCUUGUAAAUAAAAUGUUUUAAGAAACGG